AUCAUUUGGGAUCUAUAUAUAUAUCCUUGUAUCUGGGUUGACCUUCACGGGUCUGUUCUGUUUGUUGAAGCAGUAGAUACAUUUGGGGUUAAAAUCCAUCAAAGUAACAAUAAGAAAGUGCAUAAACAUUAGAGAUCUUUUAAGCUAUGACAAAACUCUUUGAUGCUCACUGUCACCUACAAGACCCUCGAAUCUUCGACAAGGCCCCGGAGCUUAUCAAGACGGCUCUAGAGAAGGGCAUACUUCAUUUUGCAGUCAAUGGCAUAUCCGAGAAAGACUGGCAUGUCGUCAAAGAGAUGAGUGAUGACUACCCUUCUGUAGUUCCAUCAUUUGGGCUCCAUCCGUGGUUUAUCGGGGACAGGACCUCCACUUGGUUCAGUACGUUAAAGGCAAUGUUAAAGGCUAAUCCUGAAGCUGCAGUUGGAGAGAUUGGUCUGGACAAAGGGCCACUUGCAUCGGGAAUUGAUUUUAAUGAUCAAGUUGAAGUUUUCCGCCCGCAACUCCAACUUGCUAAAGACCUGAAAAGGCCAGUUUCUGUGCACUGUGUUGAUGCAUUUGAGGAGCUUCUUGAUAUAAUGAAAUCUAUCGGGCCAUUUCCAGAAGGUGUAAUCUUGCAUUCGUAUAUUGGUUCUGCUGAGAUGGUUCCUGAGUUUGCUAAGCUUGGAUGUUAUUUUUCCUUUUCCGGGCAUCUUAUGCCAAUGGAAGAAACCAAGGCCAAGAAAAUGCUGAAAGCAGUUCCUUCUGACCGGAUCUUACUAGAGACGGAUUCACCAGAUGCACUACCUAUAUAUAAAGAUUCAGACUGCCUUUUCUUGGUUAAGAAGCAGGAUUCCCUUUCAGAUGGAGAGCCAGAAGAGACGCUUAAUCAACCUGCCAAUAUCGUAUAUGUGCUUUCCUAUGUUGCAUCUUUACUUGAUCUGCCUAAACAAGAGCUAGCACAUGUGAGCUACAGAAAUUCAAUGCACGUGUUCUCUUUUAAAGGUUCCAAAAUACAAGGAUGUAUCCAGGGAAAACAGAAGUAGCAGCAUAACUUGCUAGGACAUGGACUGCUGGUGGAAUACCUGCUAGCAGUAUCGAUUACAUUAUUAUUGUAUUUAAGAUGUUCUGUGAAUAAUAAAAAGUACAAAGCUUUGUCUAAGAAGAGAUAUUUAAGCUUGUACUAUUGUUAUGUAUAUUUCUUAAUUAUGUGUACAUCUAUUGUUGAAUUGAUGGUAUAAUGUAUGUCGCGGAUGGUUUGUUUGCUUCA